CAUGCACAAGAAAUUCCGAGAGCAGAAAACCUUUGGAAAAAAGUUGAGAAAAUGGCUCUGGUCGUGACUUCUUCGGCUGGCUUUUGUGGCUCUUCUCAUGCCGUCCAGGAAGGCAGCCUCCGGCUCAGUGGCUCCGGCCGGCUGAGCAUGACUAAACCAAAUAGCAUUCCCUCGGCUAGAGUAGGUUUCGCAGUUCGAGCCCUGCAGCAGAGCCCAGCUGAGACUGAGACGAGCCGCCGAUCAAUGUUGGGACUUCUUGCUGCCGGGUUCGCCUCAACUUCAUUUGUUGAAACAGUGCUAGCCGAAACCAAGAUGCCCUUACCCCCCGCGGUGCCAGUCAGAAUUGCUGGAAUCCCGGGUUCUCUUAGGGAAGGCUCCUUGAACAAGAAACUCAUCAAUGCUGCAUCGCAAAUAGCGAAGACAAUUUCUCCCACCAUUGAGGUAGAGUAUGUGGAUAUUGAUAGCUUGCCACUGAUCAACACCGAUCUGGUGAAAAAUAAGAAGUACCCAGCAGAAGUAGAGGCUUUCUUCAACAAGCUGCGUAGUGUCGACGGCAUACUCUUCGCCUCACCGGAGUACAACUACUCCGUCGCCGGUCCUUUGAAGAACGCAAUCGAUUGGGCAUCUAUGGAGAGAGACGUGUUGAAAGACAAAACUGCUGCAAUCGUGAGCACAGGAUGGGAUCUCGGUGGCGCCCGAUCGCAGUAUCAUCUCCGGCAGAUAGGGAUCAGGCCUGAUAUUUAUUUCAUCAAUAGCCCGGAGGUAUUCAUCAAUGAAAACCCCCCAGUAUUUGAUUCAGACGGCAACUUGACUGACGAGGAUGUGCGGAAGAAGCUGAAAGAACUCCUCGUAUCCUUGAAUAAUUUUACACUCCGGUUGCGCCCAUGUAGACCUUUUCCCUGGCCGCGGCCGGUGCCGCUUGAGCAGCCCGCCGAUGCUCUUGACUGAUCGAGUAAGCUUGACGGUGAUCGUAAGACUCGAAGAAUAAAGACAAGUUUGUGAUCGUGUGUGAGUUGAAGAAUAAAUGCUGCCAUAAACAUGAAGUUGCUUUGAUGUUAUGCCAGCCAACUUGUGUCGUUUGCAUUCGUAUUUUGCGAUUAUCGUACUUCAUUUGUUAUGUAAUAAUCGUUGUACUCCAUAAACUUGUGAUUCCUAAUAAAAGUUAUUCUUAAGGAUCAAA